AUGUCUCUCUUGCACUCUAGCUUCGCGAACGCGGGCGACUUCGCCCCUCUCUUCCGUCUUCUCGACGACUAUGAUGUCCACCGCUCCGGCCGUAAACAGCCUACAGCUCGUUCAUUCUCCCCAAGCUUUGACGUCCGCGAAAGCGAUGACUCUUACCACCUCGACGGCGAGCUACCUGGCCUCGAGCGAAAGGAUAUCGAAAUCGAGUUCGCCGACCCCCAGACUCUAAUGGUGAAGGGUCACUCUAAGCGCGAGUAUCACUAUGGCCCCGACAUGGCGCAAGGCAAUGAGGUUGAGAAGGCCGACAACAAGUCGGAGCCAACCCACCGCUUCUGGGCCAGCGAGCGCUCGGUCGGAGAAUUCCAGCGUACCUUCUCCUUCCCGGUUAGUGUUGACCAGGAAAAUGUCAAGGCCAGCUUGAAGAAUGGCAUUCUGUCUAUUCUUGUGCCCAAGGCCUCUACCUCGGUCACUAAGAAGAUUACCAUUGAGUGA